GCGAGCCGCCACGCAGGAGUGAGACAGUCCGCGGAACAGCGAGAUGACGACUCUCCGCACCUCAGCACCUUCACCGGACUCUUCUCCACCUCCUCUUUCCCUCGGUUCCUCUGUGUAAACCCUCCGGUUCUGUUCCCACCUCCCGUCCGAAUCCACGCUACCUGUCGAACAUGGACUCGUCCUCGGAGGUGACCUCGGGGGGGGACGGACCCCUCGACCUCAGGAGCAGCCCCGGGCGCUCCGACCUCAGCGGACUGUACCACCUGGGGCGGACGCUGGGCCGGGGACACUUUGCGGUGGUCAAACUGGCUCGACACUUCAACACCGGCCAACUGGUGGCCGUCAAGAUGAUCGACAAGACGAAGCUCGACGUUAUGGCGUCAAGCCACCUCCUACAGGAAGUGAGGUGCAUGAGGCUGGUGCAGCAUCCCAACGUGGUUCGACUCUACGAGGUCAUCGACACGCCCACCACCCUGUACCUGAUCAUGGAGCUGGCCGAGGGCGGCGACCUCUACGACUACAUCCUGCGCCACGAGGCCGGCGUGGCCGAGGGCACCGCCAAGCGCCACUUCGCCCAGAUAGUGCGCGCUGUGGCGUACUGCCACCAGCUCCACGUGGUGCACCGGGACCUGAAGCCCGAGAACGUGGUGUUCUUUCCGCAGCAGGGCGCCGUGAAGCUCACGGACUUUGGAUUCAGCAACUUGUUCCAGCCGGGGACGAUGCUGGCGACGAGCUGCGGGUCGCUGGCGUACUCGGCUCCGGAGAUUCUGCUGGGAGAAGAGUACGAUGCUCCGGCUGUAGAUAUCUGGUCUCUGGGGGUGAUCCUGUACAUGCUGGUGUGUGGAGUUCCUCCCUUUCAGGAAACCAACGACAGCGAGACUCUGGUCAUGAUCCUGGACUGUCGCUACUCCAUCCCCGAGCGAGUGUCAGGCGACUGCAGAGACCUGAUCUCCAGGAUGCUGCAGAAGGAUCCGAGUGGUCGAGCCUCGCUGGAGGAGAUCCAGGCUCACGAUUGGCUGCAGGGUCUGGAUAACGCGCUGCUCAGCCCCGAGGCUCCGCCCCACUGGCUCUCGGGGGCGCUCUCCCUCAGCUCCCCCCGCUCAGGGGUCCCCGAGUGUGGGGACCUGCUGGCUGCGAGACCGCCCCCCCAGCCGGCCUUCCCCGGGCCCUGGCAGCCGAGCCUCACCCUCACCCUCCGUCCGCCUCCCGCCGAGGAGCCGCCGGUUCCCAAGAACCUGCCGGCACUGCAGCAGAUCUGUGAGGAAGAGGAGGAAGAGGAAGAGGAGGAGGAGGAGGAGGAGGAGGGAGAACGUUUGCCGUCUCUGUUGGUGACAGAACCAGAGACCGAAGCUGAGCAGAUGCUUGAUGACGCAGAUCACGUCACGGGAGAGGAAGAGUCAGGAAGCUCAGCGGAGACAAUAGAGGAGGAAGAGGAGGAGGAGGAAGAGGAGGAGAAAACAGACGUGAAGAUGGAAACAGAGAGAAAAGAGGAUGGCUGUGUUAUUUCAGACCAACCCGUCCGUCACGGAGACAAGUCUCUCAGUGAAACUCCUGAAGUCCCAUCGUGGUCCCUGCCUGGGUUGGUGGUCCCGUGUUGUCAAGGGCAACCAGACUCCACUGCAGAGGAUGGCGAGGAGGAGGAGGAGGCGGAGCCUAACAACAACAGCAACAAACCGCCUCCCUCCAUCCCUGCAUCCUCCGCCAGCCUCGACUGCAAAGAGUCAAAGGCAGCGAGGGAGGGAGAGGAGAAGAGCGAGGACGGGGCGAGAGAGGACCCGUUGACGGACAGGUCGCAGACCCACAAUGCACUGGGGGAGGCGGCGCCGCGGCUGGAGCAGGGGAAGCGCCACAGCCUGAAGCUGCGCGAGCGACUCUUCCAGUUCCCUCUGUGUGAGAAGGCUCUGGCCCUCAACAUGCCGGCGCACAACAAGCCCAAGAUCCUGCCGCUGGCUCAGUACAACUGCUGCCAUGUGCUGUGAGCGGGAACCCGCCGGGGCGCCGGACCUGCGGCGUGCCGCUCGACCACCGGGGACACGCCGGCUGUUUGGCGUUCGGCAGGUGGUCGACCGCGGAGCACGAACCCUGUGACGUGGCUGCUGAGCUCCAGCUGAGAGCCGAGCCUCCUCACGUGUUCAGACCUGUAUCGUUUCAGAGAUGGACGGAUGGAGGUCUGGACACUUUCCAGAGUUUGUCUUUCACGUGUGCAGAAGCAGCAGGAGGAUUGAAGAGGGGCGGAGCCUGUGGAGAGGACGUGGCGUUUGAAGUCUGCUGCGGAAAUCACAGUGAUUGAGAAUUUCUGCGUCGGCCCUUCUCGUCUAAAGCUCUCGAAGCUCGUUGUGUUUUCAAGUUGACGUCAGCUUCUUCUACCUGUGACGCCUCUUUCGUCCUCCGGGUGGCGCUCGCUCCACGUGUCCCACAGCGAACACUCCACAAGUCUAUGGGUUGAAACUCAAUGCAGGUUUUGGUAGUUUGCUGUCCAUCGCUAGGCAACAGCAGUGAGGGCGGGACGAGCUGGUUUGAAAUGAGUUAUCUGUUCCCUUUAGUUGAAGCCUGAAACUCAAACAUCGGACGUCUCAUCGCUCGCCGGCGCCAUCCACUCUUUAAAGAACGGUUUGUUUCUGGGAUGUAAGCUGUGACACCGUCGGUUCUUAAAUGUGGAUCGAGACACCGCUCUAGAUAUUUGUGUUCUUCCAGUUUGGCGUCCGCUGUGUGAUAUAAACCUCAUCCACUCCCUCACUCGCUUUUGGUCCCUGCUGUAUUCUUCACAUUGGCUCACACAGAAAAUGUCCGGAGCGACUGAUCCGAACGUUUGUGUUCUCACGUGCAGCCGCUCCGGAUCAUUUGUGGAAAAGAAUGUUCCGCUGUCAGUGCAUGUCUGAAAGCAGCUUCAGUAGAACCUCAUCCAUUCGCUGCUGAUCACAGGAGAAGACACAGAAACGGAAAAACGACGCCGAAGAAAGAAGAAGAGAAAGACACGGACGCCUGCAACUGUUUGUACUGAAUAAGCUAUCGUCUGUCGUUUGUUCUCAAGGUGCCUACAAGGAUCAUUUUGGAUCUGACUGCAGGAAGACGUGGAAAGCUCGAAAUGUUCUCGCACGUGCACUUAGUAGAACCAUGAUUUCAUAUUUUAUAACGUAUUAGAAUAAACGUUGAGAGACGUUUCCUCUUCCCUUUGCACAACCUGCGUCUUGUGUUGCUUUAAAAGCUUUUAAUAUAAACUUCAUACAGACUGAGACUGUUAGAUAUAUAUAUAUAUGAGAUAUGAUGCACAGACUGUGAAUAAAGAUGGACGACAAAAGUGAAGCCAAAACAUCUCCUUCGCCCCCUGGUGGCCGGCUGCAAUAUAGGUCAAAAGCACCUCCAUGUUAGCAGAUGGGACUUGGACCAAACCGAAAUAAACGUGAAGAAAUACAUUUUUCUCAAAGAUUGAUUCUGUCACUUUAGGUAUUUGUUAUCACACUGAUGUUUCAGAUAAGUUUGCAUUUUUAUUAGUUAUCUGAUGAUGUAACAACAGGGUGAAACGUCUUGAUUGACAGCUGAGACUGACUCGUGAUUGGACGAGAGUGUGUACGGGUGUUUUUUUUCUUCCUCUUAAUUCACGAGUGUUGUUUUUCACUUUGAGAGCAGGAUUUAUUGAUUUCACGUUCAGAUUUUGUAAUUCUUUCACCUCGUUGGUAUUUUCUGAUUCUUUGGCUUCACUUUUGUACAAACAGAGGAAGUGGAGACGUCGUCCAUCUUUAAUACACAAUCUAUAAUAUGAUAUAUGAUGUUAUAUAUGCUGAAGCCUGAGAUGAUAUAAUUUUUCUCUUAUUGAUAUAUUGACUUCGUCCUAACAUAUGUAUGAUACUGUUUAUUGGACCAUUGAUACGGAUGCAGGUCUUCCACCGUAUUUGAACCUGUAGUUUUUAACGACACUGAACAUAGAAGGUAACAGUUUUAUUUUGGAUGAAGUUCCUCCAUUUGUUUUUUUUUUUAUAAAUGUGACAGAGAUGUUAAUUAACCGAAGAGAUAAUGUGACUUUGUGCAUGUUAUUACUGUUAUUUAUCACAAAAUACCUCGGUGUGUCUUGGGUCUGACGGGACCUGGUCCUGGUGUAACUGUUCCUUCAGGAGCUCGAGGCACAAACAGGGUUGUGUAGCUGACGAGUCCGUGUGUGGUGUUAUUUUAUCACCGUGUGUUUGCGUCUUCUCGACCUCGGACGUGAGGUUUGCAGAGCAGCAGAAGAUCAAAGCUGGACAGGAAGCUUCAUUCUCUCUCUUACACCUGAACUGAGAUUAUUCCCGUCGGUCACUGCAGCUUUGUGGGUUCAACAAAUUGGAUUUUUAACUUGUGACCCGUGAUGAGUCGGUCGCUGUCUAUAUAAAGUCACGUGAAAUCUGAUUAUUUAUUCGCAUUUCAUCAUCUGUGGAAGCAUCAAAUGAGUUCAGACGAGGGAUGAAAUCUCAUUACUGCUGUGUGACUGCAGCCACUCCGAGUGUCUGCUGACCGGAAUCCUAACCAGGACCACGUCUCCACUGGAGCCAUGAACCUAUUUUUCUGUAUUUAUUUAUUAAAAUGGAUUAAAUAAAUAAAAACGA